GAAGAGCACACUCCCGCUAAAACACACACUGACAAACAAACACAAGUGUAAAAGAAGAGACCGAGUGGAUUCGUACAGUCCUCUGGAUUUAGUGGUUGGGGGGAAGAAGUUUCUUUCCCCAAAGCCAAACUGUUGUAUUAGAUUUGCAGACUCAGAGACGAUGCCUUUCUUUUGCCUAGUCUCAAAAACCGCUCAGUGGAUUUGAUUGCCGCUCAGAUUAUUUUCUGCAAAUUAUUCGAACGGAAGGGAUUGAGAGACUGAGCCAGAGGAUGCUCCCACAGGUCAUAAGGAUUCUAUAUGUCUUGUCUUUUUGCUUUUUUCAAGGAGGCUUUAUCAGACCGGGCUCCUGUAAGGAGGAGAUAAAGUCCUCUAGUAGGACAGUCCCCUCCUCGCAGUCCCCGUCUGACUUCCUGGACAAGCUCAUGGGGAAAAGGUCUGGCUAUGACGCCCGCAUCAGACCCAACUUCAAAGGUCCGCCUGUGAAUGUGACCUGCAAUAUUUUCAUCAACAGCUUUGGGUCCAUCACGGAAACUACUAUGGACUACAGGCUCAAUGUGUUCCUACGGCAAAAGUGGAACGAUCCCCGCUUGGCUUACCAGGAGUACCCAGACGACUCCUUGGACCUGGAUCCUUCCAUGUUGGACUCCAUCUGGAAGCCAGACCUUUUCUUCGCUAACGAGAAGGGGGCUAACUUUCACGAGGUCACCACCGACAACAAACUGCUGCGGAUCUUCCAAGAUGGGAGUGUACUGUAUAGCAUCAGGCUGACUCUCAUCCUGUCCUGCCCUAUGGACUUAAAGAAUUUCCCCAUGGAUAUUCAGACCUGUACCAUGCAGCUUGAAAGCUUUGGGUAUACCAUGAAUGAUCUGAUCUUCGAGUGGUUGGCUGAGAACCCGGUGCAGGUGGCUGAUGAUCUGACGCUCCCACAGUUUGUGCUGAAAGAUGAGCAGGAUCUAGGCUACUGCACCAAGCACUACAACACAGGUAAAUUCACCUGCAUCGAGGUUAAGUUCCACCUGGAGAGACAGAUGGGCUAUUACCUGAUCCAGAUGUACAUCCCCAGCCUGCUCAUUGUCAUCCUGUCCUGGGUCUCCUUCUGGAUCAACAUGGAUGCUGCCCCGGCUAGAGUGGGCCUAGGCAUCACCACCGUGCUCACUAUGACCACCCAGAGCUCUGGGUCCCGGGCCUCUCUACCCAAGGUGUCCUACGUGAAGGCCAUUGACAUCUGGAUGGCCGUGUGCUUGCUGUUCGUGUUCGCCGCACUGCUCGAGUACGCAGCAGUCAACUUUGUCUCACGGCAACACAAGGAGUUCAUCAGACUGAGGAAGAAGCAGCGGCGGCAGAGAAUAGAAGAGGAACUGGCGAGAGACAGCCGUGGGUUUUACUUCCGCGGCUACGGACUGGGUCACUGCCUACAGACCAAGGACGGAACAACUGUGGAGGGGGCAACAGUCUUCACCCCGCCACCCCCAGCGGUGUCCACUGUUUAUGAUGGCGAAGCGGUCCGCCAGCGCUUCGUGGACCGGGCCAAGCGCAUCGACACGAUAUCCAGGGCCGUCUUUCCUCUGAGCUUCCUCUUCUUCAAUAUUUUCUACUGGAUCACCUACAAAGUGCUGCGACACGAAGACAUCCAUGCAAACUUGUAAUACGCUCUCUGCUCUAAUCCCCACAACUUCCUCAUUGUUUCAUGCUACAUUUCAGUUUUUCUUCUUUCAACCAAAACUGCCUGCAAGAUAUACAUUAAAAAGGGAGGAUUAAGUGUUUGAGGCAUAUGCUUCAUAACCAUUGAUCCUAAAAACUCUGCUCAGGUAGGUCUUCAGGAUCUCAGAGCGAGAGCAUGUGAGCAGAGAACGAAGUGAAGAUAUGGAUUCAAACUGGUGUUAGAUUGCAGUUUGUUUUUUGCAUUCUCUUUUAUCUUACUCCUCUUGUUUUGACUGGAUUACAGCAGAUGCUACAGGCGCUACACUAGAGACAUAACAAUGCUAGUCUUUGAACUUCUGCCUGAACUCUGAAGUCGUUGUCUUUGCCUUUAGCCAUAUUCCAACGUGAAUAUUGAUUGUAGAUGGAUGGAUAAUGCUGACUUGAAUUUGAACACUCAAUGCAUCUUUGAAUGAAUGUUUUUAAAAAAUAACAAUUAAAAAAAGGCUUUUUUACAACUUUAGAUUGCCAAACAAAUGAGGGAGGGAUUGGGAUAUUCUGGAUAUUUAAAUGGGGUGGGGAUAUGUUGUUUUAACUACAUAUGACGAGAUUAUAUAUGUAUCACACACAAAUGUAUAAACUGUAGAUAAACAGAGUUGUUCAUCGAUUGCACACCUCACAAAUGUGUAUUUCCUUUUAUCUAACAUUUGAAUAAAUGGGAUAUUCUGCCAGGAAAUCGC